UCUCUCUCUCUCUGCCCAUUUGAAUUUCGCUCAAUCUCCGACGCGCGGGAAUUUCAGAAGAGCUCAACGGCCUGUUGAAAUUCACAAGUGAAAGUUUGAAGUUUGAACACCAACCUAGAUUGGAAGAUGUCAAAUGUGACAGUCUGUGUGCGGUUUAGACCUUUGAGCUUGAAGGAGAAGAAAGUUCAUGGGGAUAGUGUUUGCAUCACUUGCUUAGACAGAGAGUCCUUUAUAUUUAAGGAUGAAAAGGAAGAAGAUCUUCCAUUUUGCUUUGACAGGGUGUUCUAUCAAGAUUCUGCUCAGGCAGAUGUCUAUGAGUUUCUUGCUCUACCCAUAGUUCAAGACACUGUCAAGGCAAUAAAUGGAACAAUCAUUACCUACGGACAGACUGGAGCUGGGAAGACAUACAGCAUGGAGGGUCUUGGCAUCUUAGACUGUGAUGAAAAUAAAAAAGGACUACUUCCGCGAGUUGUUGAUGGACUUUUUCAGUGCAUAAAUUCUUCUCCUGAAGACAUCAAGUAUGCUGUAAAGUUGUCAAUGGUUGAGAUAUACAUGGAAAAAGUGAGAGAUCUUUUUGAUUUGUCAAAAGAUAACGUCCAAAUUAAGGAGAAUAAGAGCCAAGGCAUAAUUCUUUCCGGAGCGUCAGAGAUGCCUAUCCUGAAUACUGAAGAAGCUUUGAAAUGUCUUUCUCGUGGUAUCUCUAAUAGAGCUGUUGGGGAGACACAAAUGAAUGUAUCCAGCAGUAGAAGCCACUGUGUGUAUGUGUUUUCAGUUCAGCGAGAAUCUGCAAUAGAUAAGAGGGUGAAAACCGGAAAACUUAUUCUUGUGGAUUUAGCUGGUUCCGAGAAGGUAGAGAAAACUGGUGCUGAAGGUAAAGUUCUUGAGGAGGCCAAGAACAUCAACAAGUCCUUGUCAUCUCUUGGAAAUGUUAUCAAUGCAUUGACAAAUGGCAGAGGGAAUCACAUACCUUACCGUGACUCUAAGCUGACUCGGAUUCUUCAAGAUGCACUGGGAGGGAACUCCAGAACAGCACUUCUCUGCUGUUGCUCUCCUAGCUCAUCAAAUGCAUCAGAGAGCCUGUCUACCCUUCGUUUUGGCACUAGAACAAAGCUUAUAAAGACCCCACCAAGAACCAACACUAAUGAUGCUAAUGACGGCAAAGCCUUCUUGCUGCAAGUUGGUGACCAUCAAAUUGAGAACAGUUCUUGCGAGAUGACUUCAGAUGAUGCCUGUGAGGACACGCAAGUUACUGUGCGUCAAUCACUCACUGACUCACGUGACAAAAUAUUGACAAAGUUAAGGGAAAAUCUCAAAGAGGAUGAUGUGAGACUCUUGGAGGAGCUCUUUAUAGUGGAAGGCAUUUUCUUCAAUCCUAGUAAUACAGAAGAGUUUGAAUCAGCAUGUGACGAUAUCAUCUGGCAAACUGUUUCAGCACUGGAACGGACUGUGCAAGAGCUCAGGGAUGAAGUGGAAGAGCUUAAUAAGGAGAAUUACAAGCUGAAGUCUGAACUGGCUGGAGCUAGUACGUGGAGUUCAACUUCAGUUGCUGCUGAAGGGAAAAAGAAUCACUUCACCUGGGCGAUAAGCAUCGUUAGCCUGGCAAAUUCCUUAAUAUGGCUGUUCUCUAUGUUCCUUUUCAAGCCAUAAAUGCUAUGUUUAUGAUAACCAAAAAUAGCGCACAACAGCUUUGGGC